UCGUCGCGUUUCUCUCCAAUUAAGCCCUGAUUUACGUUUCAGCUUGAAGGCAUCAACAAGGAAUUUCGAGGGUCUUGGCUCAGACAACGUCGUCACCGAGUUCACCUCAGACCGUCUUAGGAGAGACACGCUACAAUAGCACGGUCGCCACCACCGCGUGUUGCGCCCAUCUUCAUCAGGACUUCAUAACGUCUUGCGCCAAACCGUUUCCAACUUACACCACUUUCACUUUUCCCUUCGACUUCAACCACAUCGAUAGAUAGCCAUGUUGGUCAUCAAGUCUCUGGCGCUGCUCGCCGCAGCUGUUCUGGUGACUGGACAGUCCAUCGACAGUCUGCCCACAUGUGCUCAAAACUGUUAUUACUCUUCUCGUGAUGGAUUCGCGCAGUGUACUGGUGCUGAUCAGGGUAACAUGGCGUGCCUUUGCCCCAAGACCGAAUUCUUCAGCGCCAUUCAUGACUGUGCGAGUCAGGCUUGCCAGGCUGAGUACGGCGCGGACGCCAAUGGGUACGCUGAUUCUGCUGUAACCGCAGCCCAGGCUGUGUGUGCAACUGCGACGGCUUCUGCUGGCGCACCACCCGCAACAUCAGUGGCUCCCGCAAACUCCGAUGCUGCGGCACCGCCGGCGAGUACUACGGUACCCGGAUCUAGUGCUGCUGCCUCUGCGGUGCCUUCUGCAGCGCCUACUUCUGUCCCGACGGAUGCCGGGGCCACAAGUGCGACGGCCCCAUCAACAGGUGCCGCUUCCACUACUGAGGGCUCCGCAUCAGCAACAUCAACUGGUGCCGGCGCGAUCGCGCCCGUGCCUACUGAGGGCUCCGGCACCACUUCCGUUUCUUCCCCGGCGCCAACCUCUGAUGACAAGGGCGAGGAUGAUCAUGCCGCUGGUGGACUCUCGUCAGGUGCUAAAGCCGGCAUUGGUGCAGGCAUCGGAGUGGGAGCCCUGGUCUUGCUUAUCGCCGUCGCCCUUGUGCUUUUCCGCAAGCGCAGCACGACGAAGGAUCACAUCAAGAUCGCCGAUCCUGUGGCGGGUGGAGGCAAUUUUGGAAGCGAUCCGUACAACCACAACAAUUUCUCGAAAGUCACAAGCCACGGCGGCAUGACCAUGAUGAGCGAGAACGAGUUGGAGUUGAAGACUCAUAGGUACGAGGACAUGGUGCCUAGAGCGCAGCCAAGGAACAUGGUGUAAACUUGCACUGGUAGUGCUCAAGUGAUGUAUGGGAAGAGAAAUGAUGAACAAAAUAAGGAAAGACUGGAAGCAGAAUCAAAAAGAACACAAGACCACAGCGAGCGCAGGCGACCAAAGAAUAGGGGCAUAUGUAGCUGGACU